AUGGAGGAAAGUAUAAUUCAUGAUGUAGUAGUUGUUGGGGCUGGUUUAUCAGGGCUACGAACAUCAUCUUUGUUAAAAGAUGAAAAUAUAUCAGUAUUAUUAUUAGAGGCACAAGAUAGGGUCGGUGGUAGAACAGAUUCUGUCAAGAUUGAUAAUUAUAAUUGGGAUUUGGGUGGCCAAUGGGUAGGACCAACACAGUAUAGAAUUAAUGAAUUGGUAAAAGAUUGUAACCAGACUACAUUUCCUCAACAACAAAAGGGUAAAAAAGUAAUGGAAAUAAAUGGGACCCAUGCAAGAUACACCUCGUUAAUACCACCAAUUGGAUUGGGUGCUGUAAUUGAAUGCCAACUAGUUGUAUGGAGAUUGGACUAUCUAUCAAGAGACUUAGAUGUUACACAGCCAUGGAAUUGGAAACAUGCUGAACACUAUGAUUCAAUUUCUAUGAGGGAUUGGAUGGAGGAUCACAUGUAUUUUGAAACCUCAAAAAAAUUAAUUUAUAUCUCAAUCCUAGCAGUAUUUUCUGCUGAACCAAAAGACAUAUCUGUACUCUUUGCAAUGACCUAUUUUAAAAGUGCUGGUGGUGUCUCAAAAACCAUAGAAGUUGAAGGAGGAGCACAGCAAGAUAGAAUUUAUGGAAGCUCUCAUAACAUCUCAAAUAUUUUGUCAAAAAAACUUUUAAUACCAUCUGCAAUUAAAAUUGAACAUGAUUAUAAAACCAAAGAUAUCAUUAGAACAACAACAAGAAACAUCAAAACCAAUGAGGAGUGUGUUUAUCUAUCAAAAUAUUUGGUUUUAACUGUGCCUCCAAAUAUUGCUGAUACAAUUGUAUACCAACCAGAGCUACCAACAAUAAGAAGACAAUUAACUAAAUCAACUAAAAUGGGAAAAGUUAUUAAGUUUAUUAUAUUUUAUCAAGAUUGCUGGUGGAGAGAUUUGGGCUUCUCAGGUGAGGUUGUAUCAGAUAGACCCUCAAUAUCAUUUUGCUAUGAUGGCUCUUUUGAAGAUGGCUCAAAGUCAUCUAUUAUAGGUUUUUUCGAAGGUGACUAUGCCAUUGAAUGGGGUAAGAAAUCAGAACUCGAAAGAAAGAACGAAGCAAUGGCAUUCAUCUACCAAAGCUUUUCUGAUGAUAGAGCUUUCUCGCCAACAAACUAUUUAGAGCGUAAUUGGGCUUCUAAUCCAUGGUCUAAUGGUGGAUAUGGUUGUAUAAUGGGGCCACAUGACUAUUCAAAUUAUGGUAAAGCAUUAAGAGAACCAAUUGGAAAUAUUCAUUUUGCAGGAACAGAAACUGCAACAGAAUGGGCAGGGUAUAUGGAGGGUGCCCUUCAAUCAGCUGAAAGAGUUUCAAAUGAAAUUAUUCCCAAAUUUAAUUCAAACUAUAAACCACAACUAAAAACAAAUUUAAAUGGUCAUUCAAAUAAUUUAAAUUUCUUAAAUUAUUUAAUAAUGAUUUCAUCUAUGGUUUUAAUUGUAAUAUUAAUAUUUUAUAAUUUAUUAAUUUAGUGU